UUGCGGGGCCGUAUGGAAUGCCGGGGAUCAAACCUGGGCUGGCCAUGUGCAAGCAAACAUCUUACUGCUAUACUAUGGCUCUGGCCCCUGGCUGCUCACAUUUAUUAAAAAUAUUUUUCAGGGGCUGGAGCAAUAGUACAGCGGGUAGGGCGUUUGCCUUGCACAGCGGCUGACCGGGGUUCGAUUCCCAGCAUCCCAUAUGGUCCCCCAAGCACCACCAGGAGGAAUUCCUGAGUGCAUGAGCCAGGAGUAACCCCUGUGCAAUGCUGGGUGUGACCCAAAAAGAAAAAAAAAUAUAUUUUUUCCAGCUUCUCACCUGGAGCUUCUUAGGUGCCCAGGAAACCACCAAACUCCUGUUUCCAAAAUCGCCCUCAUCAUCUUCCCCCUUGGGGACCCACGAGUCAGGCUCUCUCGGGCAGGAGGAGCAGCCGAGGCCAGGAGCUCCUGGAAACUCCCCCGAUCUCCAUCAGUGCCCUCUGCAGCCGGACUCCCAGGCCUUCCACCAGACCCGCGCAGGCCAGGGGCUCGGGCGCAGAGGAGACGCCUAGCAAACCAUCCCGGCUCUCCGGGCCCGCGGCGCCCCGCGCGCACGGCCACCCCGCGGGCGCGCAGGGACCGGGGCCGGCUGAAGUCACACCGGGGAUGGGAAACCGGCUCCCCGCAAGGGGCGGAUCGCACCGGGUCCCCCCCACCCUCCACCUGCCCCCUGGCCGCCCGGCGCGGGGACCCUCGCGGGUGGGGGACGGGCCGGGAACCUGGGAAGGGAGCGCGGCGGCAAGAUGGGAGCGCUGAGGCCCGAGAGCCGUGGCGGGGCUGUGUAGGGGUGCAGAGGAGCAGGAGCUCGCUGGGAGUGCUUCUGUCGCUGGCGCAGCCCUUGUCCUGCCGCCCACCCCCCGGCGAACAGCAUGCACCAUCCCUGGAGCUCCCUGGUGACCUCUGGUCUCCUGCCCAGACCCCCCAGGAGGCCCUGAUGCCCUGGGGCACUUCUGCGGUGCACAGGACCACGAGGGCGUUUGCAAUGGUGACAUAAAGGGGCGCAGAGGCAGGAAGGAGCGCACCCAGCCUGCAGACUGUGCCCCUGGCUGAGGAAGGGCCGGGGCCCGGACCCUCCCAUCCCGCUGCCCUCUCAGGGCCUCCUCCGAGAAGUCUCCGUGAAUCCGCUGCUCCGUGGACGCCUCUGCACAGGCCCUCGGGGUGGCCAGGGCGGGCCGGGCUCUGGCGGCCGAGGCCUGGGGGCCAGGAUGCCCGCCCUGGCGUGUCUCCGCAGGCUGCGGCGGCACCUGUCCCCCCAGGCCGUGCUCUUCCUGCUCUUCGUCUUCUGCCUGUUCAGCGUCUUUGUCUCCGCCUACUACCUGUAUGGCUGGAAGCGGGGCCUGGAGCCCUCGGCGGACGCCUCGGAGCCGGACGGUGGGGACCCCCCGCCCGUGGCCCCCAGCCGCCUGCUUCCCCUCAAGCCCGCGCCGCCCGUCAUGCCUUCCCGCACGGACCCCUCGGUGCUGGUGUUCGUGGAGAGCCUCUACUCCCAGCUGGGCCAGGAGGUGGUGGCCAUCCUGGAGUCCAGCCGCUUCAAGUACCGCACCGAGAUCGCGCCGGGCAAGGGCGACAUGCCCACCCUCACCGACAAGGGCCGCGGCCGCUUUGCCCUCAUCAUCUACGAGAACAUCCUCAAGUACGUCAAUCUGGACGCCUGGAACCGCGAGCUGCUGGACAAGUACUGCGUGGCCUACGGCGUGGGCAUCAUCGGCUUCUUCAAGGCCAACGAGAACAGCCUCCUGAGCGCCCAGCUCAAGGGCUUCCCCUUGUUCCUGCACUCGAACCUGGGCCUGAAGGACUGUAGCAUCAACCCCAAGUCCCCGCUGCUCUACGUGACGCGGCCCAGCGAGGUGGACAAGGGCGUGCUGCCCGGCGAGGACUGGACGGUCUUCCAGUCCAACCAUUCCACCUACCAGCCGGUGCUGCUGGCCAAGACGCGCUCGUCCGAGUCCAUCCCGCACCUGGGCGCCGACGCGGGCCUGCACGCCGCGCUGCACGCCACGGUGGUCCAGGACCUGGGCCUGCACGACGGCAUCCAGCGCGUGCUCUUCGGCAACACUCUCAACUUCUGGCUGCACAAGCUGGUCUUCGUGGACGCCGUGGCCUUCCUCACCGGCAAGCGCCUCUCGCUGCCCCUGGACCGCUACGUCCUGGUGGACAUCGACGACAUCUUUGUGGGCAAGGAGGGCACGCGCAUGAAGAAGGAGGACGUGAAGGCCCUGUUCGAUACGCAAAACGAGCUGCGGACACACAUCCCGAACUUCACCUUCAACCUGGGCUACUCAGGGAAAUUCUUCCACACAGGUACGGAUGCCGAGGACGCGGGGGACGACCUGCUGCUGUCGUACGUGAAGGAGUUCUGGUGGUUCCCGCACAUGUGGAGCCACAUGCAGCCGCACCUCUUCCACAACCAGUCGGUGCUGGCCGAGCAGAUGGCCCUGAACAAGAAGUUCGCUGUCGAGCACGGCAUUCCCACCGACAUGGGCUACGCCGUGGCGCCCCACCACUCGGGCGUGUACCCCGUACACGUGCAGCUCUACGAGGCCUGGAAGCAGGUGUGGGGCAUCCGGGUGACCAGCACCGAGGAGUACCCCCACCUGAAGCCCGCCCGCUACCGCCGCGGCUUCAUCCACAACGGCAUCAUGGUCCUCCCGCGGCAGACCUGCGGCCUCUUCACGCAUACCAUCUUCUACAGCGAGUACCCGGGGGGCCCCGGCGAGCUGGACAAGAUCAUCAACGGCGGCGAGCUCUUCCUCACAGUGCUCCUCAACCCGAUCAGCAUCUUCAUGACGCACCUGUCCAACUACGGCAACGACCGCCUGGGCCUGUACACCUUCCGGCACCUGGUGCGUUUCCUGCACACCUGGACCAACCUGCGGCUGCAGACGCUGCCCCCCGUGCAGCUGGCCCAGAAGUACUUCCAGAUCUUCUCGGAGGAGAAGGACCCGCUCUGGCAGGACCCCUGCGAGGACAAGCGCCACAAAGACAUCUGGUCCAAGGAGAAGACGUGUGACCGCUUCCCAAAGCUCCUCAUCAUCGGCCCCCAGAAAACAGGCACCACGGCCCUGUACCUGUUCCUCGGCAUGCACCCGGACCUCAGCAGCAACUACCCCAGCUCCGAGACGUUCGAGGAGAUCCAGUUUUUCAACGGCCACAACUAUCACAAAGGCAUCGACUGGUACAUGGAGUUCUUCCCUAUCCCCUCCAACACCACCUCUGAUUUCUACUUCGAGAAAAGCGCCAACUACUUUGAUUCGGAAGUGGCGCCCCGGCGGGCAGCGGCCCUGCUGCCCAAGGCCAAAAUCCUGACCAUCCUCAUCAACCCCGCCGACCGGGCCUACUCCUGGUACCAGCAUCAGAGAGCCCACGAUGACCCAGUGGCCCUCAAGUACACUUUCCACGAGGUGAUCACGGCCGGGCCUGAUGCGUCGGCGAAGCUGCGUGCCCUCCAGAGCCGCUGCCUGGUGCCCGGCUGGUACGCCACCCACAUCGAGCGCUGGCUCAGCGCCUUCCAUGCCAACCAGAUUCUGGUCCUGGACGGCAAGUUGCUGCGGACAGAACCUGCCAAAGUGAUGGACACGGUGCAGAAGUUCCUCGGCGUGACCAACACCAUCGACUACCACAAGACCCUGGCGUUUGAUCCAAAGAAAGGAUUUUGGUGCCAACUGCUUGAAGGAGGAAAAACCAAGUGUCUGGGCAAAAGCAAGGGCCGGAAAUACCCAGAAAUGGACUUGGAUUCCCGCACCUUCCUGAAGGGCUAUUACCGGGACCACAAUGUGGAGCUGUCCAAGCUGCUGUACAAGAUGGGCCAGACCCUGCCCACCUGGCUGCGGGAGGACCUCCAGAACACCAGGUAGCCCCGGCCGGCACCGCCAGACGCGACGUUGGUGAUGGCGGGACGUCCCGCCGCGUGCCGAGCCAGACUGACCUGCGGGCGGGCGCCAGCGCGGCAGCAGCACCUAGCAAUACGACGGGCCGGCAGGGGCAGUGCCGCGCGCACCGGCGCCCUGCGUGGGCCUUGGGACCUCCGGCCACCAGAGGUCCCUGCUGUCCCCCGCCUGUCACGGGGGCCCCUUCCUGGUAAGAGGGAGUCGGACGGAUCCUCUCCCUGUCCUCACUGUGUUCUCCCCGUCGUACCUGCCUCUGGCCCUCAGUAUUAGCUGCCGCCCUGCCCCUGUCCUCCGGCGGCGGGGAGAGGAGCCCAGGGCCUUUGCCAAACCAGGGACAGAGACUCGACCUCUCCCGACUUGUUUCGAGCCAGGCCCUGCCGCGGGGCCCAGCUGAGUGCCAGGACGCGACUCUGCAGAGUCCUGCUCAGACUCCCACAUCUCAUCGUCCCUCAGGGGAGAGACGUCUCUGGUCCCCGCAGGGCCCGCGCCAGGCCUUCCCCAGGACGGGGCCUCGGCUCGCCACCACCCAGCCCUGCUCCCUCCUGCGCUCUGGGAUAGGACGAUGACGAUGAGAGUGGUGUUUCCUGUGGUUACAGACUGGCCGUCACACACCUGCCAUGUACAUACGUGUCCCGCUGCCUCCCAGUGUGGCCCCGAGAGGCACUGGGCAUCGUGGGUGAGACCCAGAUGCCGCCUUGCCCCAGCGACCACCGGCCAAGGAGUUCCGGACACCCCCUAACCUCCCCAAUACUAAGAAGCUAAAGUAUUUUAAUAAUUUGUUUUUUUUUUUUUCUUGGUGCCAGAGUUUAUACCUGGGUGCUGGGGUCACACUGUGUUUAAAGUAUAUAUAUAUAUACACAUAUGUAUGUAUAUAUAUAUAUAUACACACACACACACACAUACAUGUCUGUACCUAUAUAUGUGUGUAUAUGUAUGCAUAUGUAAUGUGUACAUAUAUAUUCUAUUUUUUCGUUGGUUUGUUUUCGAUUCUCUUGUACAAAGCGGGGCAGGGGGAAUGUCGCCCGGCGCUGGGGGCGGGGGCGGGGGGUGCCUCUGUGUGGCCGGCUCGGGGAGGCCUUUGCUGCUUGUCUUAAUGCUGUGUCUUCCCGAUGGACAGACGUGGCCCUCCAACUCUCCAGGAACUCUGGCCUCGUGGAGCCCAGGGGUGCUGGGGGCCCGGGGGCCCACCGAGGCAGCCAGGCCCGGGUAGGACGCAUGGGACUGGCCCGCGCCUCCUCCCCUCACAUGGUGCUAGGCUGGGAGCGGCAGGCUCGCGGCCCCUGUGGCCCUCUGGGCCCUCUGCGGACAGCAGGCCUCUGGCCUGGCUUCUGGGUUUGGUCUGCUCCUUCCCUUCUCCUUUGAACAAUGUGAAGUGACUGAGGCCGGGGUGCCUCCCCCGCUCUCCCCUCCCUCCCCUGCCCGGCCCCCCUCCCCACCCCCUUUCCACUGCCAGUUCAGUGCUGAACUGUCGCCGGGGAACCCUUUCUGCAGAGCCUUGUCUCGUUCCAAAGCGCUAGCGACGGGGGGCUGGCCGCGUCCUCUGACAGGGGGGGUGGCCCCCGAGCCGGCAGCACAGAGCUGGUGGGAGCAGGCCGAGAACGCAGCUGUGCUGUGCGCCCACGCCCGGAACUCUUCUUCCAGUGCCACACUGCCUCUGAGCCUGUCCCGGGGCACUGACCUGGGCCAGGCUCCCGUCCCUCCCUCGUCACACCCUUGGUCGUUCCAGGAUAUGGGGACAAACCACUCCUUCCCAGCCAGGGUGCCUUUGAGCCUUCUCAGCUGCAAAUCUGUCCUCCCAGCCCUGUCUCGCUCCCCCGCCUGCUUCCUGGCCUGCAGGGGCCUGGGGUCUGUCUGCCAGGUGCCGGGCCGGGCCCUGCUCCCUCCUGCUGCUCGGGGAAAGAGGAGUCGGGUCUGUGGGGACCUGUGUUCUUCGCUGCUGCCCAAGGACUCCUCACUGUGAGCUCGGCUCCGUGACCGGCCGUGAGGGUUUGGGGCCCCCCAUCUGGGAUCUGCCCUAGGGGUCUGAAAGCUUCCUGCCUCUGGCUCAUGGAGAGAGGGAACAGACGUGAGACUCGAGGGACAGAGACAUUUGGCACCUGUGUCCCCAGCCCGGCGGGGGGGGGGUGCUCAGGACCGUGGUCUGCGUCUGGCCAUGGCUACUUCUUCCCUUCCCAUGGAGGAAUUUUCCUGAGCCUCUGCUGCCUGGUUCUGGGAGCGGGUGGGGGGUGGACCUCACCCCCUUUGGGGCUCUCAGCGGCUGUGCAGACUCAGGUCCUUCCUCCUGGAGGCCACUGGGUGCAGCGUCUUGAGUGGGCGCCGACCCACUUAAGCAUUUCACACACACACCUGCACACAGCCCUGGAUACGUGUAUGUGUAUAUGUCAUGAAACCGCCCUCUGGAGUAUGGAAAGCUUGCAUUCCUGAGUCACGUGGGCGCCUGCAUUCUGGCCCUGUGUCACCCGAGGCACCCGCAGCCCCCUAAGAAGCCCCUGCUGCUCUGUGCUGUCAGAGCCCCACGCUCCAACCCGGCGUCCGGCCAGGGCCCGGCUGAGGUGUGCACCCGGCCCUCGUACCAGUGUCUGUGUAAUCUGUUUGGAUGCUCCUCCGCGUAACUGGCUUAAAAAGAAGCAGGCAUUCCCGUUCCCGUGGUGCCAGCGGCGGGCGGCAGUGUGUCCGCGACCUUCCCAGGUGUGCUGGGACGGGCUCGCCCCGCUUGGCGUCUGUCUCGGUGGCGUGGUCGCACCUUGAAGGCUCGCCAGCUGCUUCCUGGGGGAGCGCCCCCCUCCCUGCUGCCCGCCGUGAUGGUGAUUCUGGCUGGACAGUCCAGCUCCGCCCGAGAAGCCCUCUCCUGUCUCCCAGACCAAGUGCCAAAGCAGCAGAGGAGCAGGAGGCGGGCGAGGGUGGGGGCUGGGGGUCCUCUGGGAGCUCAGUGAGGCGAGAGGGGCCAGCGGGUGGGGGGAGUGGGAGGAGUCGGCGCAUGACAGCAGGGUAAGCUGAGCCACAUCUCAGAUCCGGGUGGUGGGUGCUGGCCCUCGAAGCAUCUCUGUCUCUCUGUCUCUGUCUCUCUCUCUCUCUGACUGUUUCUGUCUGUCUUCAUGCUCUCUGGAUCUCACUUCCUGGAGACUGGUGUUCUGUGUGCCUGGAGCCCGGCCCAGCCCCCCCGGGUGCCCAGGAGAGGGCUCCCCGCGCUGGUGUUGGAGGAGCUCGGGGUGCCGGGGCAGCUUUGUCCUGCCUGGGGAUGCUUGGUAGCUGCUGGACAGUUGGCUCCCUCUGCGGAGCCCCUGGGGUUCCACCCGCAGAGGACGGAGGUGGGGCCAGCGGGAGGAAGUUGUGGUGUGGUGGCCACUGGGCUUCCGGAGAUCUUCCCAGCUCCCCCAGGAGAGGGGGACGGGCCGGCGCCGGGCCCCACGCCUGCCUGCCCUCCUCAGAGGGCCCUGGAGGAGAGGGGAGGGUGGGCUGGGGUCUGGGGCCGUGCUGGCUUCCGGGGUCAGCUAGAGGGCUCCUCUUGUAAUUUGUGCAUGAAAUUCAUGUCAUUUCCGAGGGAGGGGAGAGAGCUGACCAGAGAAGGUGGGCACGUGGGCGGGGGCGGGCCGGGGGUGCAGGGGCGCCCCCCUCGCCGGCUUAGGGCCUUCCCACCAGCUGUUCAGGGUUGUGCUUCCUCCAUUAAUGUACAAUCUUGAGCUAACUACUAAUAAAGUGGGGUUCUGUUUGUA